AUGGCGGAAGAGACUAAAGACAAUUGGAAUGCACAGGCCUACCAACACUCUGCCUCAUUUGUCCCAAGGCUCGCAGGCAAGAUCGUUGAAUGGCUGGAUCUGCAAAAGGAUGACGUUCUCCUUGAUAUAGGAUGUGGUGAUGGCGUCCUGGAUGUGCAGUUCGCCGGUAUACUUGCCCAGGGUAAUGGUCUCCUCUAUGGGAUCGAUAGUUCUCCAAAGAUGAUCGAAGCAGCCAAAAAGGCGACUGAUAACCGGGGGGAAUGCAAGUUUCAAGUGCUUGAUGCGACGGAACUGGGGAGCUGCUCAUCUCUGCAGCAAAUUCGCUUCACGAAGGCAUUUUCGAAUGCGGCGAUGCACUGGAUCUUAAGACCCGAGUCAAAGAGAGCCGAGUUUUUCCGGGCCGUCCACGACGCACUUGAACCGAACGGCCUCUUCGUCUUUGAAAUGGGCGGCUUAGGAAAUGUUUCCGAGAUGAGGAUGGCAUUGUUGAUGGCCACAUCAAGACGAGUGGGGCUAGAGGAGGCGCGGAGAGUAGACCCGUGGUUCUUUCCAGAUGAGAAAUGGAUAGUGGACACUAUGGAAAGCAACGGCGCCUGGGAAAUCGAAAAGAUAGAAAGGGAAUGGCGCCCGACACCUGCUGAUCAGGGCGGGGUAGACGGGUGGUUGCGGCUGAUGGGUCGGUGCUUCUUCGACGCCGUCCCGGAGAAUCAGAGAGAGGAGUGCAUCCAAGAGGCGGUUGAAACAGCUCGGGCCCUCUCCUCCCUACCGAACCAGAUAUGGCGGUAUUCUACCGAUGUCGCUGACUUUAUCGACGCCCAUGUUGAAAACGCCGCUGUAGCCGUCCGGACGACUCUGUCUUCAGCGACCUGGCUGCCGGAUACCAUUAGACCGACACCACCGGCUCCGACACCAAUUGCUGUCGUCGCGGUUUCGAGGAUCGACACACUUCGAGAGUGGAUAGUGAAGAAUAAGUUUGCUGUCGGUGCAGCGGUCCUGUUGACGGGGGCUUUAUCCUAUCAAGUCUACAGGAGCACCUGCUACUAUCGCAAAACGCGGAAGGCUAAGCGGUCUAGAAGAAAUGGCGGCCGCGUCGAGGUCGUGCUGAUCGCUGGGGGGUCACCGGAUUUACCCUUGACAAGAUCCCUGGCUCUGGACAUGGAACGAAAAGGCUUUAUCGUCUACGUCGUUUGCAGCACAACCGACGACGAGGCCCUGGUCCACAAGCUUUCCCGGCCUGACAUACGACCACUGCAUAUUGACGUCACAAAUCCUCCUAGUGCCUCCCUUGCGAUUGAACGAUUUGCUGCAUUCCUAAAAUCCCCCUACGUUCCCGUCCCCAGGGCGCGCCCCGAUCACCUUAGUUUAAAGGCUGUCAUCCUAAUCCCGGCCCUCAACUACCAAACAUCACCCAUUGCGACGAUACCCCCGAGCAACUUCGCCGACGUGUUCAACACGCACCUCCUUCAUCCUAUCGUUACAGUCCAGGCUCUCCUUCCCCUUCUUACAGCACGCCUGGGCCCGGCUGGAGAGAAAUCGUCGCAACCCAAGGUGCUAGUUUUUACGCCGUCCAUCAUUUCCUCCAUCAACCCUCCCUUCCACGCACCGGAGGCUACCGUCUGCUCCGCUUUGACGGCAUUCACGGAGGUUUUAACGGCAGAACUCCGGCCAUUAUCUAUCCCGGUAACCCAUAUUCAACUAGGCACUUUCGACUUCAGCGGGUUUACGUCAGUGAGAGCACAGCCCGACAACCCAUGCGACCUCGCAUCCCAGUGGGAUGACGGUGCCCGUAUGGCUUACGGCCGCAAUUUCAUUCUGCAGAGCGAACUAGUCAUCUCGGGGGGCAGGAUAAGAGGCAUGAAAGGAAGUUCUCUUCGGCAUUUGCACAACACCGUCUUUGAUGUCAUCGAUGGGUCACUUACGUCCCAGACCAUCCGGGUUGGUUUGGGGGCCAGCGUGUAUGGGUUCGUUGGGAAGUGGGUGCCUCGGAACCUGGUAACCUGGAUGAUGGGGAUUCGAAAAGUAGAUGAGCUAUCGACGUGGCAAAAUAGCUCCCCAGAAGGGUCCCAAGCAGGGACCGAUGACGACGAGAGAUUUUCAAAUGAUGCCGUGGUUAUUCCCGCCGAUAGCCGGAUAGUGUCCAACGUUUGGACGGAACCCUAG